GGACUUUGUAUUUAUUUGUCGAAAAUCUCUGAAUCUAAUAAGAAAAAAAACAGAGAGAGAGAGAGCUCUAGUUCUACAAUGGCGGAGGAAGCCCAUCCCACGCCCGCAACCGAACGAGGCCAAUCUUCAUCCGAUCCUCAUCAGGCAACAGAAGCCUCUGGUGUUCAUGGUUCCUCGCAGUCAGCUGGCCAGAUGUUCCCUUCAGUUGUGACACCUGUCCAGAAUCAAGAACAAAAUGGGCAUGGUCGAGGACUUUAUGCUGUUCAGUGUUUACCAUUAACUGGAAUGAUGCCUGGGUGCCCUCAGAACAUGUUAAUUCCCCUUACAUAUAAGAUGCCUGUGAGGAAUAAUUCCACGGAUGCAGCUGGUGAGGAGCAGGGGCAGGGAGGACAGGCAGCAAGGCAGCAGGUUGGACCACAUAGACAGGUAGUUGUCAGGAGAUUUCAGGUUGCAUUUCAGCUUGACCUGGCUCUCCUUCUUAAGCUGGCGUUUGCAGUCGUCCUCUUUGGCCAAGAUGGUUCAAGACAGAGGACGAUCAUUCUUAUCCUCCUAGCUUCAUUAGUUUACCUAUACCAGACUGGAGUACUAACCCCUUUGAUCCAAUAUGUUCGACGAGGCCUAGCCCCACCUCGACCUGUUGCACGUCCACAGAAUGUUGCUGCUAGGCAAAAUGAUGCUGCAGAAAAUGCUGGGAAUGAGGACCAGAACCAACCUGCAGAUGCCAACCAACAACCUCCUGAACCUGAGCGCAUGAAUUUGUGGGGAUUUGUGAGAGAGAUCCAAACUUUUGUUAUUGGGUUUAUUACCUCUCUUCUUCCAGGCUUCGAACAACACAAUGACUGAACUUCCCUCUUCAAUAACCUGUCAGAGAGAGUAAAUCCACAAGCAAUAACUCUUGGAAACUAAUGUAGAAAGAGAACUGAAGAAUGGAGGGGGGGAAAGUUUCAUAGGGGGUGUUUCAGUUUGUUGCAUUUGCAUUAACAUUGUCCUUUGUGGUCUAUACAGUGAUUCAACUCCAGUCUGUAUCCUCAGUAUACUCUGCAUUGCAAUGUCGCGUGCUCUUAUUGAUGUACCGGUUUGCUAUUGCAAAGUUGCGUGUUGGGUGA